AAUAGGAAGCACUAAAGUGUGGACAACCGCCAAGGAAUCAAACGAUAGCAAAGAAACACAGCAGAAAAUCCCAAGUGCCUGAGCACUGAGGCCUAAGGUUGUGCCUUCAAUUCCCUUCCUCACUCAAAACUAGAACCCUAAACCCCUAAUCUCCCCUAUUUUCCGUGUUUCUGAAUUUCCGCGCAAAUUUUUAUUUUUUUUUCAAAUGUCUCAGCCUUUGCCCCUCAAAAGACAAGGUGAACACCACCCUGAUGAUGGCGCCUCUCCUAUUAAGCCUUCUCGACUCAAAAUUGCACUAUCUUCCGAGGAUUCCGACAAAAAGAAUGCGAACAAGAGGCUCAAAGAUGUUGAAAUCUGUGUCCCAAUAGUGUAUGGGACUACUGCAUUCUACCUGGGUAGGAAGGCCAGCGAGUCUCAAUCUCAUAAGUGGACUGUGUAUGUACGUGGUGCUUCAAAUGAAGAUCUUGGAGCAGUGAUAAAGCGUGUUGUGUUUCAGCUGCAUCCUAGUUUUAACAAUCCUACUAGAGUAGUUGAAUCACCGCCUUUCGAAUUAUCCGAAUGUGGUUGGGGUGAAUUUGAAAUAGCAAUCACCCUCCAUUUCCACAGUGAUGUCUGUGAUAAACAGCUGGAUUUGUAUCACCAUUUGAAAUUGUAUCCAGAAGAGGAAUCUGGUCCUCAGUCAACAAAGAAACCUGUUGUUGUUGAAUCUUACGAUGAGAUUGUAUUUCCUGAACCGUCUGAGGGUUUUCUGGCGCGUGUGCAGAAUCAUCCUGCUGUUGUUGUGCCUAGGCUUCCUGCUGGUUUGAAUUUGCCUAGCCCAGUACCAAUUGAAACUGGGAAUGGAAAGGAGAGAGGUGACACCAAAGAUCAUCCUCUAACCCAGUGGUUCUUGAACUUCUCGGAGGCUGAUGAGCUCUUAAAACUCGCAGCAGCUCGCCAACAGGUUCAAGCUCACAUUGUUAAACUGCGACGACAAUUGAGUUUGGUGGAAGGGAUGCCUCAGCUGUCGAAACCACCAUCAACUUAUGAAUCAUAAUAUGGUUUUCUCUUCUGAAAUUCUUAGUGGCCUCUUCUUUAGGGUAAAGUUGGACGAUUAGUGAUUGAUAUGUAUAUUUUUGCAUAUGGUAGCAACUUCAAAGACCUUCCUUGUAGAUUGUCUCUAAUAUUUCUAUAUGUAGAAACCACUAAAUUGGAAUCUUAGGUUUGUGGUGAUGUGUACCAGACUAACGGCUAUGUCCUCAUAUUUUAUCUUGAACUUAGAUUUCUAUGUAAAUUUCCUAUUACUAUGAUUAUUAACAAGCUUGUCCACUUAAAGUUGACUUCA